UAUAUAUUAUCAUGAAGUACUGAAUAAUUUAACUACCCCGAUUUUUAGCUCAAAGAAAGCGAAGGGUAUGAAAUUUCAUACAUUGAUUUUACCUCCGAUAGACUCAUUUCUUACUCCCUCCCUUUGUCUGUCUUGAGCUUUCUCUUUCUUUUCCUCUUUAGGUUUUGUCACCCUUUCCUUAAAAAAAAAAAAAGAAAAAAGAGAAAGAGCAGCGAAAGGAAGAAAAGAGAGAUCAAGUCCUUCGUUUCCAUCGAGAUCUCGAAAGAGAAAAGUAGAAACGAGAAUUCUCCUGCCAAUCCGAAGUCCAACCACCUUUAAAUUACUAGAAUUAAUUUUCAAUUAUGCCUAGAUUGUUAUGAAUUGUUGAAAAUGACGGGACAUCCUUGGCGGCACGAUCAAGCCUCCCUUCAAUCUCAACCCUCCAGUAAUUGCAAUCGCAGCAGCAAAAAUGUCGUACAUCUGUUAGAGAAGAGGGAAGUCUCUCAUAGAACAAAAUAUGUGCCAAAAAGGGGGUGGGGAAAAGCAUGUAAACAGAAUUCUGAUUCUUCAUCUGGGCCUAAUGGUGAACCUAUUAGAGAUGCCAGAAGUGGCCUUGUGUCAUGGGCUGAGCAAGCAUCUUUGCAGCGUUUAUCAGGCAAGUAUUGUGCUCUCGUGCCUCCUCCAAGGUCAACGAUUGCAGCAGCAUUUAGUCAUGAUGGAAGAACACUUGCUUCAACCCAUGGUGAUCACACUGUGAAGAUUAUUGAUUAUGAAAUGGGAAAAUGCUUAAAGGUGUUGAGCGGUCAUCGGAGGACACCUUGGGUGGUUAGAUUCCACCCAAUGCUUCCAAGAAUUCUUGCAAGUGGGAGCUUGGAUCAUGAAGUUCGUUUGUGGGAUGCAAAGACAGCUGAGUGUAUCAGAUCUCACAAUUUCUAUCGUCCAAUUGCUUCCCUUGCUUUUCAUGCUGAAGGGGAACUUCUUGCAGUAGCAUGUGGUCACAAGUUGUACAUAUGGCACUACAACAAGAAAGGAGAGGGCUCCUCACCAGCCAUUACAUUGAAGACAAGACGAUCUCUCCGAGCUGUACACUUUCAUCCGCAUGCUGCUCCAUUUCUCUUGACUGCCGAGGUCAAUGAUCUUGCCUCUUCCGAUUCUUCAAUGACGCGGGCGACAUCACAGGGUUACUUCCAUUAUCCUCCUCCUGCAAUUUUUAUGACGAGUGAUGAUUCGAGAAUGGAUUUGCAAUAUGUCAGUAGGCUUGUUGGUUCAACUGGUGUGCAAGUUGGGCCGUCUUCUUCAAUGCAAUUUCAAACAGAUGCAACUAUGGGUGAACAAUAUCACAGUACAGAAUCUCCCAUGGUGACAUUUCCUGCAACUCCUUCUGGCUUUUAUCCUGGCAUAGAAGAUCCUAUAAAUAGUUCAGUUGCUUUUAGGAUGGAAAGUAGUGCUGCUGAACCCUCAAUGGAUGCUAUGGACACUGAUGAAAUUCAGCCUGAAAGGGAAAGCAGGGAAGCAAACUCUACUAACCUCGAUCCUUAUAGUAGUGCAUUUAGGGGAGUGCCUAGACAUGUUUCUAGCCGACAAGAUGCCAGGGAAUUUGGACAACUUCAGCAGUUUUUACCCUUUGGUGCAAUUUGUUGGGAGCUGCCUUUUCUGCAAGGGUGGUUAAUGGGUCAACAAACUGUUCUUCCCUCUAUGCAUCCUCAUGGUGGUAUUAGUCGUGAAAUUUUAGCUCAAUACAUGGGUUCUUCCUCAACAUUACAGCCAUUGAUUGAUAAUAUAGAGGCUGCAGCAUCUUCUUUGGGAAUGCCUUACCACAUUAGCCCAUCUGGGGUUUCUGGAAGAACUGGAUUGCUAAAUGUUUCUCGAUCUCGCUUCUCAGUUUCUGGAUCUGGUGAAGUUUCUGUGCCUAGCAAUUCUGUGUAUGAUGGUACUGAUGCUCAACCAAUUAUAAGUAGAAUCCAAUCUGAACUUGCCACAUCAAUUGCUGUAGCUGCAGCUGCAGAGUUGCCUUGCACGGUGAAGCUUAGGGUGUGGUCAUAUGAUAUAAAUAAUCCUUGUGAACCACUAAAUGCUGACAAAUGCCGCUUAACCAUACCACAUGCUGUCCUUUGUAGUGAAAUGGGUGCUCAUUUUUCACCUUGUGGGAAAUUCUUAGCUGCUUGUGUUGCUUGUGUGCUUCCUCAUAUGGAAGCUGAUCCUGGAUUACAGGCAUUAGUCCAUCAAGAUGGUGGGGCUGCAACGUCCCCAACUCGACACCCAAUCUCAGCACACCAAGUUGUAUAUGAGCUUCGGAUAUAUUCUCUUGAGAAGGCAACCUUUGGUUUGGUGCUUGUUUCACGAGCAAUUAGAGCUGCUCAUUGUUUGACAUCAAUCCAGUUCUCACCUACUUCUGAGCACAUAUUACUUGCCUAUGGUCGGCGUCAUGGUUCUCUUCUUAAAAGCAUUGUCAUUGAUGGGAAAACAACAUCACCCAUAUACACAGUACUGGAGGUGUAUAGAGUUUCUGAUAUGGAACUCGUGAGAGUACUUCCGAGUGCAGAGGAUGAGGUAAAUGUUGCAUGCUUUCAUCCUUUUGCUGGAGGAGGUCUAGUGUAUGGAACCAAGGAAGGGAGACUGAGAGUUCUUCAGUAGGAUGGUGCAGCUCACCAAAUUACUAAUCUGAAGAAAACAUGGCUGAGGUUGAAUAGCAAGGUGCAGAUUGCAAGUGCAGAAAUUUGCUUUAGGAAGCUAGAAUUAGCGAUCUCCCUUUCAUACAUGAUCUGUACAGACAAGCUCGAAGACGGAUUUACAAUUGGGUUGAGGCAAUUGGGGGGGCAGCUGACCUCACUGAAAUCCUAAAAGAAAAUACCUUUUGGUGGUGAUGCGUUACUGCUACAUGAUUUUGCUCUCACUGAAGUUCAUUUUAGUACUCACUUUAAAUUUGAUUGGUGUUAUAAUAUUACAUAACUAGUAAAACUUUUUUACGAAAAAUUUAAAUUUUCAUGAAUUUUUAAAUAUUUGUGAAACCUAGUCUCAGAUAUGCUUUAACAUGGUGUAACAAUAUGGUAUUUGGAAUUAAGGUGCAGUUCUUUCAUGAUCAGUAGCCAUAGAUAGAUCAAAGCGUGGCUUCUGCCCGCUAGCUUGAUUUAAAACUAGACGAUGUUAUUCAGUGAAAAUGGUGGGUGAUUGAGAAUAUUUGUCGUCGAAAUAAUUCAACAAAAAUAUUUGAUAAUUUGAAAUUUUAUUUACAUUCUCUCUUCUGAGUCAACUCAAGCUUAUUGCAAUUGUCUGACUUUGGCCAUCACUAUUCUUAUUUUAAGACAGUUGGGAGUUGAGAUCUCAAAUCUUCUUCUUUUUUAAAUCUUUUGUUUUGCAUGAAAACAACGCUCUCCUUAAAAUCAUUUUACCUCCUUAAAAGUUUAGUUAAUUUCUUAAUUCACCAAUUUCUCUCCCAUGCUUCAACUUUUGGAUCAAUGGUUGACCGGUCAAAGGAGACAUUUAAAGCUACUAUUUAAAGAAGCAAAAAGAAGGGAUUAGUUUGAAUGGUAUUCCCUUUCCUUUGACCAAAAAAUAUCUUUUAACAUUUUGAACCCUUCCUUCCUAAAUCAUCCAUGGCAUAAUCCAUAAACAAAAAAUAAAAAGAAACUAGUAAAAGAAG